ACAACAGCGCUCUCUGCACUACAAUGACACUUCACUGGCGUAUGCAAUAAGGAUUUCCGUCUCUGCAGUGAUUUGUCGCGCCCUGAGGGGACCGUUUACCAAAAAAGUUUUAUACCAAAGUUUCAGUCACAUUUAUUUUUCCAAGAUGCCACGAUCGUUUCUUGUCAAGAAACAUAUUAACUCCUCUAAGAAGCCAAAUUAUAGCGAGCUGGAAAGCCCUACAGUAUUUAUUUCACCGUAUCUCUACAAAGGCCUCCCAUUGCCUGUCAUUCCUCAACCGGAGAUCCUUAGCUCGGUCGCAUACAACCCUAUCACAGUAUGGACUACAAGCAGUUUUCCGCUUCCAAGUGACCUCUCUCCCAUUUCUGGAUACCCCUCCUCGCUCUCUGACACCUCAUCCAAAGACCACAGCGACUCCGAGAGCCCCAGGAGCGAUGAAGACGACCGGAUGCUUACCAAACUUACAGAUCCUCAUGGAGUGGAGGCAGAGCAAUUCCAAUGUAGUUUGUGUAACAAAUCCUAUUCCACGUAUUCUGGACUGCUGAAGCAUAAGCAACUGCACUGCGACGCACAGACGAGGAAAUCUUUCAGUUGUAAAUAUUGCGAAAAGGAGUACGUCAGUCUUGGAGCCCUAAAAAUGCACAUUAGAACUCACACUUUGCCUUGUGUCUGUAAAAUAUGUGGCAAAGCUUUCUCAAGACCGUGGUUGCUUCAGGGACACAUCAGAACGCACACUGGAGAAAAGCCCUUCUCCUGCCCCCAUUGCAGUAGGGCUUUUGCGGACAGGUCCAACCUCAGGGCUCACCUACAAACCCAUUCGGAUGUGAAAAAAUACCAAUGCAAGAACUGUUCCAAAACCUUCUCCAGAAUGUCUCUUCUGCACAAGCAUGAGGAAUCUGGUUGUUGUGUAGUACAUUGAGACUGCUGGGCUGGGAGACAGUGCCACCACCAGAGACCUCUGGUACUUUCCAGUCCUCAAGAACUGUUCAGGGGAUAUUGCAUACUGAGGCAUUGUAACCUAAUAUGCAAGACACUCUUUUACUGACUGACCAACAAUCCAUUUCAUUUCAGUGUAAAGACAAAUCCUCUGUCUGUCAUGUGCUUUUCAUUUUAAGCAGUAUCUUUCUGCCAUCGCAACCAGUGUUGAGCUUUAUGUUUGUUAUACCAUGUACCUUACAGUCAUUGCUUUUCAUGUACUUUUGUGAAGAGAGUGGAGAGAUUUGAAAUAACGUGCCUUCUCAAACAUUUUGUUGUUCUGACCAAUCUCUCUCAUAGGAUAUAUUUCCAGGUAUGUCAUAAUAUUUUUCUUUUUUCUAAGAAACCACAUAGGUAUUCCACAUGGUGUAUGGUAACAAACGAUAGAGACGGACUGUGCACAGUCAAUGGAAUAUUUAAAGCCAUCAUAACUUAAGGAACAAGUGGAGAGACAAUUUUUAGGGUGACAGUAUUACAACUCAAUCACACAGUAACUGUUUUGCCAGCAGAUAACAAUACUUUUACCAAGUGCCUCACUUUGAGUUGGCAAUUAACUUUUUUUUCGUAAACAAUUGUUUUCAUUUAUAUUUUUUAUAUAUUUGAAUGUAAGUGGGACUGAGAUGAUUGUAUUUCUGACCGUGUGAAUUGUGAUACUGAAUAAAUGAUUUUAAUAUUUUUGAGAUGCUUUUAAAAUAAAGAUUCAUAAAAUGUUUGUAAAA